AUGGAGAUUAAGGUUGAAAACGCGGAAGAUGAACAAGCUCCUCUUCUUGCAAACAAACUUCUUCCCGAAUCGGUAGAGAAAACCCUGAUACAAAAAGCCAUCAGCCAAACAUUCGAAAGCACUGCCCACUUAGCGAAUCUUUUACCCACUGGUUCGGUUCUUGCUUUUCAACUCCUUGCGCCCAUAUUCACAAAUCAGGGCGACUGCGACCCUGUGAGCAGGGCCAUGACUGCUGCACUUGUAGCUCUUUGUGGGUUUUCGUGUUUUCUACUGAGUUUUACUGAUAGCUUCAUGGAUGGAAAUGGUAAUGUAUGUUAUGGGUUCGCGACAACACGUGGAUUAUGGAUCAUUGAUGGGUCGACAAUUCUACAACCCGAACUUGCAGCUAAGUACAGGCUGAGAAUCAUAGAUUUCAUGCAUGCCUUCAUGUCACUUAUGGUUUUUGCAGCGGUGGCUUUAUUUGAUCAAGAUGUUGUGAAUUGCUUUUAUCCAUCUCCAUCUGAUGAAACGACAGAGCUCCUCACGACACUGCCUGUUGCAUUUGGAGUCGUUUUCAGCAUGUUGUUUGUUGUUUUCCCUACACGACGCCAUGGAAUUGGGUUUCCCAUUAGUACCAUUUAA